GCCAUCGAAUUCACUCAGGAGGAGUGGGAAUUCCUGGACCCUCCUCAGAGGGCCUUGUACAGGGACGUGAUGCUGGAGACCUAUAGAAACCUGCUGUCUGUGGAUAUCUCUCCUACACUUGUGAUCAAGCAUUUACAAUGCAAAGCGAACAGUGAUAAACAAGAAACAUUCCAAACAUUGAUGCUGGGAAGCCCUGAAAGCUGUGAAAUCAAACAUGUUCAUCUUUGGGAAAGUCAGGAAAAUAUGUGUGACUUUGAGUGUCAGGGGAGAGAUGAUGAAAGAAAUUACAAAGGGACACCUGUAAGCCUUAAUGGAAAAGUGCCUGAUGGAAGAGAUUCGCAUGACAGAAAGGAUGCAGGCAUCAAGCCCUUUGGAAACAGGCUUGGAUUUAACUUUCAGGAUAAGCUGCAUAUAUUUCAAACUGGUGGGAUAAUUUUUGAAUAUAAUGAAGUUAAGAGGUCUGUCAACAACAGUUUCUCAUUUUCACCACUUCAAAGAAUUCCUCCUUGUGUCCAAACCAGUGUUUCUAAUAUAUAUGAGAAUGAUUUUAUGAAUCCUUCAGGAAUAACACAAGAACUCAAAGUACACAGGAAAAAACCUUGCAAAUGUGAUGAGUGUGGCAAGGCCUUUCGUGUAAAGUCAACCCUUUUAAGUCAUCAGACAGUUCAUACUGAAGAGAAACCUUACACAUGUGAUGAGUGUGGCAAGGCCUUUACUGACAGCUCACACCUCAGAAGACAUAAGAAAAUUCAUACAGGAAAGAAAUUAUUUAAAUGUGAUAUAUGUGACAAAGUCUUCAGCCGGAAUGAACACCUUGUUGGUCAUCAGAGGGUUCAUUCUGGAGAGAAACCUUACAAAUGUGAUGAGUGUGGCAAAGCCUUUACUCACAGCUCACACCUCAGGAGACAUAAGAAAAUUCAUACAGGAAAGAAAUUAUUUAAAUGUGAUGUAUGUGACAAAGUCUUCAGCCGAAAUGAACACCUUGCUGUUCAUCAGAGGGUUCAUACUGGAGAAAAACCUUACAAAUGUGAUGAGUGUGGCAAGCAUUUUAGUCAACCUUCACAUUUCACAAGUCAUAAGAGAUUUCAUACUAGAAAGAAACCUUAUAAAUGUGAUGAGGGUGGCAAGCACUUUAGUCAACCUUCACAGUUCAUAAGUCAUAAGAGAUUUCAUACUGGAGAGAAACCUUACAAAUGUGAUGAGUGUGGCAAGGCCUUUCGUGUAAAGUCAAUCCUUUUCAGGCAUCAGACAAUUCAUACUGGAGAGAAACCUUACAAAUGUGAUGAGUGUGGCAAGGCUUUUACUGACAUCUCAAACCUUGGGAGACAUCAGAAAAUUCAUACAGAAAAGAAAUUAUUUAAAUGUGAUAUAUGUGACAGAGUCUUCAGCCGAAAUGAACACCUUGCUGGUCAUCAGAGGGUUCAUACUGGAGAGAAACCUUACAAAUGUGACGAGUGUGGCAAGCAAUUUAUUCGGGCUUCACAGUUCAUAAGUCAUCAGAGAGUUCAUUCUGGAGAGAAACCUUACAAAUGUGAUGAGUGUGGCAAGGCCUUUCAUGAAAAGUCAAUCCUUUUAAGGCAUCAGACAGUUCAUACUGGAGAGAAACCUUACAAAUGUGAUGAGUGUGGCAAGGCCUUUCGUGCAAAGUCAACCCUUUUAAGUCAUCAGACAAUUCAUACUGGUGAGAAACCUUACAAAUGUGAUGAGUGUGGCAAGGCCUUUUCUGACAGCUCAAGCCACAGGAGACAUCAGAAAAUUCAUACAGGAAAGAAAUUAUUUAAAUGUGAUAUAUGUGACAAAGUCUUCAGCCGAAAUGAACACCUUGCUGGUCAUCAGAGGGUUCAUACUGGAGACCAGCCUUACAAAUGUGAUGAGUGUGGCAUGGCCUUUCAUGAAAAGUCAAUCCUUUUAAGGCAUCAGACAGUUCAUACUGGAGAGAAACCUUACAAAUGUGAUGAGUGUGGUAAGGCCUUUCGUGUAAAGUCAACCCUUUUAAGGCAUCAGACAGUUCAUACUGGAGAGAAACCUUACAAAUGUGAUCAGUGUGGCAAGGCCUUUCAUCUAAAGUCACCCUUUUUAAGGCAUCAGACAGUUCAUACUGGAGAGAAACCUUACAAAUGUGAUGAGUGUGGCAAGGCUUUUCGUGUAAAGUCACCUCUUUUAACUCAUCAGACAGUUCAUACUGGAGAGAAACCUUACAAAUGUGAUGAGUGUGGCAAGGCCUUUCAUGAAAGGUCAAUCCUUUUAAAGCAUCAGACAGUUCAUACUGGAGAGAAACCUUACAAAUGUGAUGAGUGUGGCAAGGCCUUUCGUGUAAAGUCAAUCCUUUUAAGGCAUCAGACAGUUCAUACUGGAGAGAAACCUUACAAAUGUGAUGAGUGUGGCAAGGCCUUUCGUGUAAAGUCAACCCUUUUAACUCAUCAGACAGUUCAUACUGGUGAGAAACCUUACAAAUGUGAUGAGUGUGGAAAAGUCUUCGGUCAAAAACCACAUCUUCAACUUCACUGGAGAAUUCAUACUGGAGAGAGACCUUUCAGAUGUAAUGAAUGUGGCAAGUUCUUCAGUCAAAAUUCACACCUUAAAAGACAUCGGAGAAUACAUAUAGAGAAACCUUUAAAAUAUUAUGAGUAUGGAAAAUCCUUUACUCAGGUCUCAGCACUCACUAAACAUCAGAAAAUCCAUACAUGAGAGAAACUUACGUGAAUGUGGUAUAUGGUAGAAGUCUUCAAAGUUCAAAGUUCAAAAUUCACACCCUGCUGUUGCUCAGAGAGUUCAUCCUACUGAGAAACCAUACAAAUAUCAUGAGUGUGGCAACAUCUUAGGCUUCAUGAGAAAAUUCAUACUGGAUAGAACUGAGAUAUAUAUGUAUUUAUUAGUCAGGUCUUUAGAACAUGAAUUCAUUCUAGAAUGUUUCCUCACCAAUUUCACAGAUGUUUAAAAAAAAAAAAAUAACCCUAUCCUCACAUCUCACCAGUAGUACCAGAGUAUUUAUCCCGGAGAGAACACACAGCAAUGUAAUGUGUACGGCAAGGAUCUUACCCAAAAGUCACAAGAUAGGAAUAUAGUGGAGCCAUACUUCCCAGACUCAGUGGUUGUGGCAAAUCCUUUACUUUUUUCACUAUAUGUAUUCUCUGAUGACUUUAGUUCAGGUACUCAGCAGUAAGUCCAUAUUUGAAGAGAAGCUAUAGAGAUGUAAAAGAAACCCGAAUUCUAACUCAGCAAAGAUGAUUCUUUGGGAGAGUAAUCCACCAUGUUUUUCGUCUCCUGGCUUUCUGAAUAAAGUCACUAUUCCUUGCCCAACAAGUAGUCUCUCAGUUUAUUGGGCUGUUUUGUGGUGAGCUCUAAGAGCUUGGUUUUGGUAAUACAUUGAUCAAAUGCAUUUGCUACAUGCAUUUCAUGAUAUUCUAUGGGAAGGAAUCGGUGAGAUGAAGGGACCGACUUCAUUAGAUACAAUUCACUCACAUCCGUGUUUCCUUGAAAAACACACAGCCUCAAUUACGAAAUUCAGUAGUGUGUGUGAAUUAGCAACAGGGAGGGUGGAAAAUAAUGUAAAACUAGGACAUGACUCAUCAUAGUCAGUAGGAUCAGGAAACCCUUCCGUACGUAGUCCAGCCUGUUAUAAAACAUAACGUUCUACCAACUGACCUUGAACAGAGUAGGCAAGAUGUUAAAGGGCCUGGGCUUUUUGUAGGAGGAGAGGGACAAUUACCAGGGACUGAUGGUGUGCCAGGAACAAUGCAUAGGAAUAGGGUCAUAGUCUCCAUUGGACAGAAAUAACUGUUGUAUGUAUGAUUAAAGAAGAGUCACUCUUAUUUGUGGAAAUUGAAGACAGAGCUGUUACGGUCUUUGUAGACUGGGACCUGGGGACUGAAGUCGAUGAGAAGAAGGAAGCAGGGGACCCAAGUCUCGAGUGAAACACAUGCUUUAUUUGCAGAAACACAUGUUUAUAUGUCUUCAUACAAGGCAGCUUUAGGCAGUAAAAAAAAAAUUGAGGAAAAAUAAAGCCAAGCAAAUAACAAUAUUGAAAGGGCCAGAAAGCAUCCCAUAUCCUGAGGAAGAGGGGCGUAACUGAACAGAUUACCUUCAAGUAAAAGGUCAAUGAAGGGAAUCACUGAAAGGAGUCCAAGCAGAUGCCCUUUCUCAUCAUCUCAGUCCUGAGAACUGUGAGCAGCUUUGCUUGUUCCUUUUUCCAGGAACUGAUAAGGAAUAGAGUCUUUGAGAAACGGCACACAAAAGAAGAAAAUAUCAGGUUGGAUCCUUUAAAGUUGAAUAUCUCCUGACAGUUCCCUCUUUUUUAUUUUUUCAUAAUUGGGGAUGACUCUAGAUACUUUUGUGAAAAAGGCCCUGACCAAGCGAAGUUGUUUAGUUUGAACAAUUUUAGUUGAAAAGCAUCGGUAUAUUACAAAUAUAAUCACCAGGAUAGUUAUCAGCGUUAUAGUUCCAGAUCCAAUACUAUGUGUAAUGCCUUGAAACCAUCUUUGAGGGUCUAGCCCAGAUAAUUGAUCAGCUAGCUGUUCAGCUAAGGUUUCCAAAUUGUUGGAAGAGGGUAGACUCUUAGAGAAGGUUUCAAGGAUUUCCUUUUGCAACAAUUGUACAUUUAAGGAAGCAUUAUUAUGCAUAUCUUCCAAAUGAAAUUUGACUUUUUCUCAAUUGUAAUCACUAUGGUUGAACCGAAGAGAAGUGAUACAAAAUUGAGUAGAAUUCCAAUCCAAUUUAAUACUUGUUUUUGUAAAUCUAUUAAUUGAUCUCCAACCCAUUGGAUGGCUGUUUUUUAAUUCCUGAAUUUUAUCUUGAACUUUUGCAUCUAUCUGAACCUGAGUGACCCAUAUAAUAAGAGCAUCUUUAGUCCAAUUUUGAAUAAAGUUUUGUGUUUGAA